AUGCUUUCUGAUGUGCAGGGUUUCCUCCAGUGGAAUCAUUGCUUUGUGUGGCUUGAGUGUUAUAGCCACUUUGCCGCUCGUGCCCCUGGGGAAUAUGGGCAUCAUUUUCAGGUACAAUCAACCCUCAGACAGUGGAAUAACUCAUUUGAGGAUCUACCAUCGGAUAUGGAGAAAGCUGUGAACGAAUGCAUUCUGCAAGCAACUGAGGACGGUGUCUCUCUGGUGAAGAACAGAUUCGGAUAUCACAACUUGCGGACCUUAUCAAUGAUGCGUCGUCUGAGUACUUUAUAUUACUUUAGCGAUCGAUUCUUAAAGGCUAGGGAAAUACGAUCUGCAGUCUUGGAUGGUUACAAGAUAAAAUUGGGCUUGUCUGACAGUACCACCAGAAGAGACUUUACUGACCUCGGGUAUGUCAUGUACAUGUUAGAUAAUUACGUCGGCGUGGAGGAAAACUUUUACAAAGCUCUCGGGGGUCGCGACCCGUCAUCCUGGAAGAUGGGGCCCCUUGAAGCAGAGACCAUGAGAGAGUUGGCUACCGUAUAUUGGCUGAAGAAUGAAUUACUGGAGGCCAGAAACAUGAUGGAGACGUCACUAUCCGGCCUUAUUGCGCAUUUCACGGAACGUCAUCGCCUUACUGUUCUCUGUCGACAGUAUCUCUCUCACAUAUACGAAGUGACGGGCGAUUUAGAGAAAGCUCUCAAGGUUGCAUUGGGUAAUCGUGCAAUUUCAAUCGCUAUUCAGGGUGACGACCAUCUUAACACUUUACGUGGCGACCUGUUCAUUGCGCGUCUAAAAAUGAGCGCAGGCCAAUUAGAGGAUGCUGAAGACUUAUUGACAAGCGUCUUCUAUCGUCAAAUACGAGUGCUAGGAGGGAGAAAUUCAGAGAUGUUAAUAACCAGAGCGACGUUAGGAAUAGUUCUAGCAAGGAAGGGAGACAAUAAGGCCGCUGAAGCAGCUUUUCGUGAGGCCUUGGUAGGCACUGAGGAGAUAUUUGGCGCUGAGCAUUCGUCGACCAAGACAAUCGCUGCUUGGCUCGCUGAUUUUCUAAGCACAAACGGCCAGCAGCGGCGAUUUAUAUCUUCACACACAUAUGGGGACUCGUCGCCACGAGAUCGUUUCCCCUCGCUUGCUAAGAUAUACGGUUUUGUUCACCUCCGCCUAACCAUCUCUUCCCUUUUGAUGCUUCGGUAUGCUUUGGUAACAGUAUUUAAUUUUUGCAUCUCAAAUAUCAGCGGCAUCUUUCAGGCAGGCAAAAUACCCAGAAACGGGUAUUUUGAAAAAUACUCCAAGCUUAACUUGUUGUGGUCAGGAUUUGCCAUCUUGUUGGACAAAUCCAUUCAAUCCAGUUGGACAUGUGUGUGUCGUCCACCUCAACAAGCCUAUUUAGAGCGAAUGGUGCUCCUCACCUGUAUUGCUGUUAUGAUUAUUGCUGUUAUUAUUGCCGGUCAAUUCCUUCCGUGGAUAUAG